AAUAUUGAUAAUUAGCCCGAUCAGACGAGUGGGGAUGGAAUUUGGCCAAACGCACGUAUAUCGGCUGUGUGUGCGCGCGGCGCUGAGAGGUGAGAAGGCCUCGCGCUGGUGAUUAAUUACAGCCCGGCCUCGUGACAGAGGCGCGAGCUCUCCCGGUGCUGUCUGCGGCCGACAUGGAGGGAAACCCAGCCCGGCUAAUUGACCCGGCUUCUGUAAGGCCAUCCAUCAACCGUGGCCCGAGUGGCCCUGUAAGAGACACAUUAUUCAGAGUUUAGAUUUUCUCAAUGCAAGACACUGAAGUUGUUGUUACAAGUGGUUUGCCUGAGACAAAAGAACCGGAUGUCUGGAAGAGAGGAAGGCAGCAGGAAAAAGAGGGAAGGAGGGAAGUGUGCGAGCGAUUGCAAGAGGGAGAGUGUGCGAGCACUGAAGAGAGAGAGGGAGAGAGAGAGAGGGAGAGGGAGGCAGAGAGAGCGGCGCUGCAGUAGCAUCCCACAGCAGACGGCUGAGGACUGCCGGUGAGUGUGUGACUGCACUGCUGAAGAGGAGGAGGAGGAGGAGGCAGAGGGGUGAGCACGCUCGCAGACUCUGCAGGGCCAUAGAGGAGCGCACAGCAGCAGCGGCAGCGCUAGUGUCGGCCGGCACCAGGUAGAAGUCCCAGCGCCGUCUCCCCCGCAGACCGCCACCGCCACCGGCGUCGGAUCUGGACACGUCAACGCCGCCAUCAGACCCCCACCACCAACGCCAUGGCACAAGCGGCCAAACAUCUCCGCAAGAACAAGGAUUUAGAAGCCCAGUUAGAGCAGGAGCGCAAAGAGAAGGAGGAGGAGAGGGUCAAAAAGAGGAGUCGCUCGCGGGAUAAAAAACGCAAGGCCCACGCCGUGCAUCGCUGGCUAAUCGAUCAGGACAGUAGUGUGAGCUCUGAGAUGCCGGAUGGCCAAGGAGUAUGGCACUAUGAUGAUGAAGCAGAUGCUGGCAACAGUUUUCUCCGAGCGGCCCGAUCUGGCAACCUGGACAAGGCCCUGGAUCACAUCAAGAAUGGCAUCGAUAUAAAUACAGCCAAUCAGAAUGGGCUGAACGGGCUUCAUCUGGCCUCGAAAGAAGGCCACGUCAAAAUGGUGCUGGAGCUGCUCCACAAUGGAAUCGUUCUGGAGACCACCACGAAGAAAGGGAACACGGCGCUGCACAUCGCGGCCCUGGCGGGGCAGGAGCAGGUGGUCACGGAGCUGGUUAACUACGGGGCCAAUGUCAACGCUCAGUCCCAGAAGGGUUUCACUCCACUCUACAUGGCUGCACAAGAAAACCAUCUAGAGGUUGUGAAGUUUCUUCUGGAGAACGGAGCCAAUCAGAGCAUUCCAACUGAGGACGGAUUCACUCCUCUCGCCGUCGCUCUUCAGCAGGGACACGAGAAUGUCGUCGCCUUGCUCAUCAACUACGGCACCAAGGGAAAGGUCCGCCUCCCUGCGCUGCACAUUGCAGCACGCAACGACGACACACGCACAGCCGCAGUGCUUCUGCAGAACGACCCCAAUCCUGAUGUACUCAGCAAGACUGGAUUCACGCCCCUCCACAUUGCUGCACACUAUGAAAACUUGAACGUAGCUCAGCUGCUGCUCAACAGAGGAGCCAAUGUCAACUUCACCCCAAAGAAUGGCAUCACUCCUCUGCACAUCGCAUCCAGACGGGGGAAUGUGAUCAUGGUCCGGCUCCUGCUGGACAGAGGGGCUCAGAUCGAUGCCAAGACCAAGGAUGAGCUGACUCCUCUGCACUGCGCAGCCAGAAACGGUCAUGUCAGGAUUAUAGAGAUCCUGCUGGACCAUGGAGCCCCCAUCCAGGCAAAGACCAAGAAUGGCCUGUCUCCAAUCCACAUGGCAGCACAGGGGGACCACAUGGACUGCGUCAAACAGCUUCUGCAGUACAACGCAGAGAUUGAUGACAUCACGUUGGACCACCUCACCCCUCUGCAUGUGGCGGCACACUGCGGCCACCACCGCAUGGCCAAAGUGCUGCUGGACAAAGGAGCCAAACCCAACUCUCGGGCACUGAAUGGCUUCACUCCUUUGCACAUUGCUUGUAAAAAGAACCACAUGCGUGUGAUGGAUCUCCUGCUGAAACACUCGGCAUCACUAGAAGCUGUGACUGAGUCCGGUCUGACACCCCUGCAUGUGGCGUCAUUUAUGGGUCAUCUCAACAUUGUGAAAAUCCUGCUGCAGAAAGGAGCGUCCCCCAGCGCCUCCAAUGUGAAAGUGGAGACUCCUCUCCAUAUGGCAUCUCGGGCAGGACACUAUGAGGUGGCGGAGUUUUUGCUGCAGAAUUCGGCGCCGGUGGAUGCCAAGGCCAAGGAUGACCAAACCCCUCUGCAUUGUGCCGCCCGGAUGGGCCACAAGGAGCUAGUCAAGCUGCUGCUGGAGCAAAAAGCCAACCCCAACUCCACCACCACAGCAGGACACACACCCCUACACAUCGCUGCCCGGGAAGGUCAUGUACAAACUGUGCGUAUCCUGCUAGACAUGGAGGCUCAGCAGACCAAGAUGACCAAGAAAGGCUUCACUCCGCUCCACGUGGCGUCAAAGUACGGGAAGGUGGAUGUAGCAGAGCUGUUGUUGGAGCGAGGCGCUAACCCCAACGCUGCUGGGAAGAAUGGUCUGACUCCGCUGCACGUCGCUGUCCAUCACAACAACCUAGAUGUUGUUAACUUGCUUGUCAGCAAGGGCGGGUCGCCGCACAGCGCAGCCAGGAACGGCUACACUGCCCUCCACAUAGCAUCCAAGCAGAACCAGGUGGAGGUGGCUAACAGCCUGCUGCAGUACGGAGCUUCAGCCAAUGCUGAGUCACUGCAGGGAGUCACACCUCUCCACCUGGCGUCGCAGGAAGGAAGGCCCGACAUGGUGUCCCUGCUCAUCUCCAAACAGGCCAACGUCAACCUCGGAAACAAGAGUGGACUGACUCCACUGCAUCUGGUGGCGCAGGAAGGACAUGUUGGUAUCGCAGACAUCUUGGUGAAGCAAGGGGCCUCGGUCUACGCCGCCACACGGAUGGGAUACACCCCUCUCCAUGUGGCGUGUCACUAUGGCAACAUCAAGAUGGUGAAGUUCCUCCUGCAGCAACAGGCCAACGUCAACAGCAAGACGAGGCUCGGCUACACUCCUCUGCACCAGGCUGCCCAGCAGGGACACACAGACAUCGUGACGCUGCUGCUGAAGCACGGCGCUCAGCCCAACGAGACAACAACAAAUGGCACCUCGGCCCUCGCCAUCGCGAAGAGGUUGGGCUACAUCUCUGUGAUCGACGUCCUGAAGCUCGUCACUGAGGAGACGGUGUCCAUGACGACCACGGAGAAACAUCGCAUGAGUUUCCCAGAAACAGUGGACGAGAUCCUCGACGUGUCUGAGGAUGAAGGAAUUGCACAGCUAACAUUAGGAGAGGAGCUCUUGGGGACAGAAGGGGCCAGGUACAUGAAGAUGGAUGACAUGAAAGACCAUGAUGACGAUUUCCUCUCCCCCAAGAAAUCACUGGAGUACGAGAGAGGGCUGGGCACAGCGAAUUACUCGCCAGCCAUCCCGAGGAUACCCCGUGUUUCCCCGGAGACCGUUAUCCUGAAGGAACACGAGAUAGAUCAGCAACACACUCCUCUUCCACUGCCCAAAGAAUAUGACGAGGACUCACUGAUUCCCAGCAGCCCGGCGACCGAGACGUCAGACAACGUCAGCCCGGUCGCCAGUCCGAUACACACCGGGUUCCUGGUCAGUUUUAUGGUAGAUGCUCGAGGCGGCUCAAUGCGAGGCAGCAGGCAUAACGGUCUGCGUGUCAUCAUACCUCCACGGACCUGUGCGGCACCAACCCGCAUCACCUGCCGCCUGGUGAAGCCGCAGAAGCUGACCAGCCCCCCUCCGCUGGUGGAGGGAGAGGGGCUGGCCAGCAGGAUCAUCUCCCUGGGUCCGGCCAGCAUGCAGUUCCUGGGACCGGUGAUAGUCGAGAUCCCCCACUUUGCUGCUCUGGGUCGUGGUGACCGGGAGCUCGUGGUGCUGAGGAGCGAGAACGGCUCCGUGUGGAAAGAACAUCGCAAUCGCUACGGCGACGAGGUGCUAGAAACGAUCCUCAACGGGAUGGAUGAGGACUUAGAAAGUCAAGAGGAGCUCGGGAAGAAGCGAAUCCGCCGCAUCAUCUCCACCGACUUCCCCCUUUACUUCGCCGUCGUGUCACGAGUCCAGCAAGAGAGCGACCUGAUCGGACCGGAGGGAGGUUCGCUGACAAGUAAACUGGUGCCGCUGGUCCAGGCCACGUUUCCCGAGACGGCAGUCACCAAACGGGUCCGCCUGGGGCUGCAGGCUCAGCCAGUUCCAGAUGAGCUGGUUGCAAAGCUGCUGGGUAACCAGGCGAACUUUAGCCCCGUGGUCACUGUGGAGCCUCGGCGGCGCAAGUUUCACCGGCCCAUCGGCCUGCGUAUACCUCUGCCGCCGUCCUGGAAGGAGAGCCCGCGAGACGCUGGGGAGGGCGACACCACCAGUCUGCGUCUGCUUUGCUCUGUUAUAGGUGGCACAGCCCCGGCCCAAUGGGAAGACAUUACUGGCACCACCAAGCUUUUGUAUGCCAAUGAAUGUGCCAGCUUCACAACCAAUGUCUCAGCGCGGUUCUGGCUCGCAGACUGUCCUCGGACAGCUGAGGCCGUCUCCUUUGCCAACCUGCUCUACAGGGAGCUGUCAGCUGUACCCUACAUGGCCAAGUUUGUAGUGUUUGCAAAGAUGAACGAGCUGCGUGAGGGCCGCCUGCGGUGCUACUGCAUGACCGACGAUAAGAUGGACAAAACCCUGGAGCAGCACGAGAACUUUACGGAGGUGGCUCGCAGCAGAGACAUAGAGGUGAUGGAGGGAAUGCCGCUUCACCUGGAGUGUUCAGGGAAUCUGGUGCCGGUGAGGAAGGCCACCCAGCAGCCGCGCUGCUUUAGCUUCCAGGCCUUCAGAGAUAACCGUCUCCCCGUCUCUGUGAAGGUGAGAGACAGCAGUAAAGAGCCCGCUGGAUUUCUGUCUUUCCUGCGCAAGUCGACAAAGUAUGAGGACAGUCAACACGUGCUCUGUAACCUCAACAUCACCAUGCCUCCAUGUAUCAAGAUCAUUGGGAGUGAAGACCGGAGGCGAACUCUGACCCCGCUGGCUUUAAGAGAAAGAUACAGCGCUCUGAAUGAACCUGCAAUGGCUUCGAUGAGCGCCAUGGAGAGAACAGAGCUGAAGAUGGCGGUGAUUGCAGAGCAGUUGGGGCUGAGCUGGGCUGAGUUGGCCCGUGAGCUCCAGCUCAGCGUGGAUGACAUCAAUAAGAUCCGUGUGGAGAAUCCCAACUCGCUGCUGGAGCAGAGCUCGGCGCUGCUCAACCUGUGGGCGACUCGCGAGGGCAAGAGGGCCAAGAUGGAGAGCUUGUACGCAGCUCUGAAGAGCAUCGACCGUAUGGACAUCGUCAACAUGUUGGAGGGCCAGCCGCCUCAGCCCGUCAGACAAGGCUCCCGCGACCUCAGCAGACGCCGGCACAACGAGAGAGAGCACCUCUCACCUGGUAUGACUAAUGGUUAUGGGCUCGCGCAGGAAGAGCUUCUCUCACCGGCAUCCAUGCAGUACAGCCUGCCCUCCCCGCUGGGUUCUGAGCCUUACUGGCAGGAAGUCUCCAGUCUGGACUGUGCGCCAAUUGCCACCACAGAAGAAGACACCCUCAUGGAGAUGUCUGAUGUGCAGGUGUGGCCCUCAGGCAACAGCCCCUCCCUGGUGCCUGUGGAGGACUCCUCGCUGGAGUGCAGCAAUGCCGAUGAUUCAGAAGGUCUGCUGGGGCUGCCGUAUGGAAGUCUGGGUCGGCCGGCCAGUCAGGCCAGCGCGGCCAGCGGAGGGGGUGGGGUGCUGAGUGGCUCCAUUGAGCUACCCGAAGACGAUUCAGAGAUGGGCGUUGAUUCGCUCAGCACUGCCACGCCAGCCUCGCUCGGGGGCACCAUCGCUGGGAUGAAUCUUAACGGGCUGAACAAUGGUCAGGGGUCAGAGGCAAGUUCGGAGGCAUCAGCGUUCACUAGUACGACUGGUGGAGAUGGAGCUGGAGGAGGAGGAAGAGGUGGAGGAGGAGGGACGGGCUCAGUGGAAGGGCUUUCUCUUGUUGCAGGACAGCAAAGGGUGUAUGCUCGGCUGAGUGAGUCACCUGGCCUGAGCUGUGUUGCAGAUCGGAAUGGAGACAGGUCAGGUAAUGGUGGAAAUGGAAGUGGUGGAGGCUCUUUCCUUUCCUACCUGCAGGAACAGUCAGGCCCAGGAUGGAUCCCUGUCACUGACCCUACACAGGCCUGGGUGGGCAGUCAGCCUAAACCCAGGCAGGCUAUGGACACCAUGAUGUCAUCAGUGUGUAACGCCGUUGAUGGAGACCAGUCCCACGUGUCCCAGGAGGCCUUGCUUCAGCCUGUGAGGGACAUGGGGCACUCGGAGAUCUUACGGGGGCACUUCCGCGGUACCCAGCCGUUUGAGAAGGGUUUGGGCUUCCCACACAGGGUACCAGAGCUGAGGCCCUGGGAGGACGUGCGCCUGAAGGGCCAGGGCGACGAGGUUGAAGACCUUCCCGGGGAGCAAGUGAGCGAGGAGCAGUUCACGGAUGAGCAUGGAAACAUCGUCACGAAAAAGAUUGUGCGUAAGGUUGUGCGCAGAGGGAAGGGUUCAGGUGAGGAGGGGGUUCAGGAGGUGAGCGUGGAGGGUUCUCUGCAGGACGCCAACGAGCUGGAGGUUGACGCUGAGCAGUUCAUUAACUACGCCAUCCUGGGCCGGGACAGCAGCAAGCCCGAUACUGUGGAUGUGAAGAAAGGUGCUCAGAUAGUGAAAUGUGCCACUCUGCGGAGAGUUAAGCAGUGAGGCAGACUGAGUGCUGCGUCCCCGCAGAGUUCUCCGCAGGAUUCAAGCCCUUCACCAAAACCAUCCUACAUGGACACAUGACCAGCAGCAGCUGACAGGAGGAAGAACACACACAAAAAAAAGGCUGACGGACAGAAACAGACACCAACGCUAUGACAACCACAGCGGAUACCGGAUGAAGGAAUAUGGAUUUACUUGUAGUUUUUAUUAUCUUUUUUUUUUUUUUUUUUUUUAAAGAAACUGUGGGAAAAAAAAACGUCUACUACUAGGCUAGAAGCAUGAUUUCGUAUAAAACAAAAACCAAACACAGACAAAAAAAACAACAACAACAAAAAAAAAAAAACUAGCAACCAAAACGUGCUUCCUGUUAUCUGUAUCAGCAUGAGUGACUGCUGCCGCAUGGCCUGUCUUUAACUACAAAUACUGAGGGAAUACAGGGGAGGGUACGAGGGUUGGGGAGGGCUGGGGAGGAGACACACUGUGCUGUGUGGGACAGGCAUGCAAUGUGGGGUGUGGUCCAUUACUGGGCCGUUUUCUGAACCGACGUUUAUCAGUCCCAAAAAAAAAAGGGGGGGGGAGAUUAAAAUACUGAGAAUUACAUAAUCUCUAGGCAACAGGUUCCUUCCCCUCUCCCUGCCACACUCUUCCAGCUAAGAGCAUCACAAACUAGUUUCCAAAACCCGUCCCAGUGCUCUCAAAGUCCAGUAAAGCUACAAAUAUCACCCAAGGAUAUCGGUGUUGUACAUAAUAUGCACUAAAAAUGCUCUACGUGACUGUGUGUUACGUGUUGUUUCUGUUCUAAAGAUCCCUCUGCGAUGCCACUGAUGCUGCUGUUUCAGGUACAUAGGAGUUUCCCCCUCUCUGUUUUUUUGUUUUGUUUUGUUUUUCUCGUUUUGGUUCGUUCGGUCUGGACCUAUAUAUUCUUCUAUAUAUCUUGAGAUCUUUGUGGGUGCAAGAACAUGCAAAUGUCGUGUCGCUCUGCCUGUUUUAAACGUUUUAUGUGUGUCAGGUUGUUUGUUUCUUUGUGCUUUUCAUGUGCUUUUUCGCCCUUUUUUUUCUUUCUUUUUUUUUUUUUUUUGCUUUCUGACAUUGUCAAACUGUAGAGGGAAGACACACUGUAAGUCAUUUACUGUACCGUGGGGUGUUUUCUGGGCUUCGGGAGGCAGGUUGUGCUGCAGUGAACCUGCCUCCCCGACCUGCCCUCAGAGUGGUUUGCCUUGUGGUGGAGGGUGACAGUGAGAUAUAUGGUGAGUGACAGAUCAUCGCCCCCCACCCCACCCCUCAGUGUGCUGUAUCAUUGUGAGGUUAUGUGUUAAUCAGAUGUCUGUCUGAGCCACAAUCCCAAUGCCAGUCUUCGCUCUCAAUCUUCCCCCUAUCGCCCUACCUCCGCCUCUUCCUCACCCGCCUCCAGUCGGCCUCUCAGAGUAGAUGUAGCAGUCCUGCCCGCCUCCAGCAGGGGGCAGGAUCCCACCUUCAGCAGCGUCUGAUUGACCUCAUCAUGCAGUAUACAGUAAUACCACCACACAUGAGGUGCACUUACACACCAUCUCACCACCACCACCACCACCAGAAGAUGUCACUUGACGAGGGUAACGUAGCUGAGAUGCUGAUAACAAUGUAGCACUGGUCAGACUGGGCAAAAAGACGAAGCUGGAGAUUAGGAAAGCGUCGCGUCGAGGGGUCAAGGACGUGUUGAGCUCUGAUGUUUGUCUCCUUGGCAGUUCUUAGGAGUGUAGCAAAGACAGUCAGUCACCAAUCACUGUGAUGAGAAACUGUAAUACUGACCCGCAACUGUGAGCCUGACCCUUCCUGAAGCGUGUCUCUUGUUUCACUCCUUUUCUUUCUUUUUGCCUUUUUUUUUUCCUUUCUUCUUCUUGUUUUCAUGGUUUUCUGUCUUAACUGUAACUCAGAAGAAGCAAUAACUGCUUACAAAAGGAAAGGAUUGUGUGUGUUUGUGUGUGUGUGUGUGUGUGUGUGAGUGUGUUUGAGUGUGACAGAGAGGAUUCUUUCGGGGAUCAUGGUCCAUGUUCUUCCUCUGAGAUCGAGCUUUCGAUCUGUUAAUCACAGCUUUAGGCUUACUCCUCACUCCUCACUCAGAAAUGAUGUCAGCACAUUAGAACAUUUUUAUCACUCUGCCUCGAUAGAGAAGAAAGAUUUAUUGUUUUGUUUGGGUUUUUUUUUUAAAGUUUGUAUUCUGGUGUGACUUCAUGCCAGCCAUCCCAUCUGUUUGUGUUACUCAUCAGGGAGUGUGAGUCACAUUUUAAACUUUGAUGACAUUCAUAUGCACCUUGGAAGAAAUCCUACCGUGUGUGUGUGUGUGUGUGUGUGUGUGUGUGUGUGUGCGUGUGUGUGUGACUUUAAUAUCACGGAUUCGGUCCUGGACUUUGGGACGAGUUGUGAUAAUAUCACAGGAACGGUAACGGAGCAGAGGCUCUCUUACACGAGUCAUCCUAAUUCACAUAUUUCUUAAAAGUUGAUUUACCUCAAUAAGCGUGCCAUCUCACAGGAUAUCGAUUCACCCACAUCUGUUUAUUUCAGACGAUGUGUGGAGACACCGAAUGCUUUAUUAUGGAAAAAUAAUGUGAGUCACAAAAAAAAAAAGAAACACAAAAAACGUUGCAAUAAUCACCCAUCAAUAAGUGUUUGUUCAGCACGGCUUCACAGCCGGAGAUGAUGAAUGUAAGGUCUUUGGUAUAUCGUGAGUCUUGUUCUAAAGUAGUCAUCUGUGUCGGCUCUGUACUUUAGUAGAUGAUUUUAGGGUAUUCACUCUGUUGUGUCGACUCAAUAUCUGCUGUUGAUCGUCAACAAUCAUGACAAACGUUCAUAGAGAUCAUGUGAGGAGAGAGACGCAGAAAGAGAGAGACAGAAGCCUCAAAGGGGGUUUUAACAAAUAUCCUUUCAUCAGAUAUUAUUUCUAUUUUAUUAUCUUUUUUUAAAAAACUGCAAAAAGAUGGAUGUCAAUAAAGAUUACACAGCAGUGUAACAGUGUACUACCCCUCGUGUUACAGCAUACGGUUUGCUCUCCAAGGGCUCGUGAUUAACGCAUGCUCGGGUUUCUGAAGCAGGGGGCCGCUUAUAAAUCCACUGCUGAUGUCAGGGGUUGGAGCGAGGGCGGCGGGGAGGGGGCUCUGAUGACAAGACAAUAAGGUGGGGCUACUUUGAAGUUAGAUGGAGUUGUGGGGAAGCUUGGUGGCUCCGACGGCUACUCUUUCAAGACGACAAGCAUUUUUUUCUCAACACAACCUUUCCCCCUGAUGUGGUUACGUCCGAGAGAUUCAGCCCUGCACUGAGGGGACUACUGAGAUGAUGCCAUGCACCAAGUUCAUGCAAAAAUAUUAACUGUUGCAAAAACUAGAGAACACAUGUAUAUUCCUUUAGAAUGGAUUGACGACAUUAUUAACGCAAUAGCAUAUUACUCAAUACUAAGGAAUGCAACUGCGCACAUGCACAGAAAAUGUUUUUAACAUAAAAAGGCUAUAUAUAUAUAUGAAAUAUAUGAAAAUAUAUAUAAAUAUAUAUAUUUACUUAGAAUGCUAUGCACCCUUACUUGUCAAAUGGGAUUCUAGUUAUGUUAUGGAUGUACUUUUAGCAUCAUACAGCUGUAGCUACCAAGAGACUGUUGAGUUCUGGGUAAUGCCUGCAACCUGGGGAUAAAUAGGGGUCUUGUGGGUAUUUUAACCUGUUUUGUUUGCUUUUUUUUAUUGUUAUGGAGAGUCAAACAUGAAUUUAAAAAUAUAAAUGUAAAAGCCUUUUAAUCCAAUCAAAUCCGAGGACAUCUAUUGACAAUUUACUCUGUACACCAGCUCAACAUUUACAA